AUGGACAAUCAGAACAACGUUGAUGACCAGGCAUUGGAGGCCCAAGGAUAUACUCGGGCAAUGCCCCGGCGCUUCUCGCCCCUAUCCCUUUUGUCUCUCGGGUUCGCCAUGACAGCAACUUGGAAUGGCUUUGGAAGCGCCAUUGAGACAAGCCUCGCGGAGGCAUCCUCAUCUGGCACGAUUUGGACAUUAAUCAUUGCCGCCCUGAUGAACCUCGUCGUCUCGCUCGGCAUGGCAGAGCUCGUAUCGGCGUAUCCAAACUCGGGGGCGCAGUAUUAUUGGUCGUUUCGUGUUGCGCGUUCAGACUGGGCACCCUUCGCUUCGUCAGCUUGUGUAAGUACCUGCGGGUGGUGGCUCGGGCUAGCGAGUGUGUGCAACUUUGUUGCAGCUAUGGUGUUAGCUAUGCUCCACCUGUGCGUUGAGGGUUAUACCGUCAGUCCAUGGCACCAAUGGCUAUGUUAUACAUCCGUUCUGUGGCUCGCCGUCGCAUUUAAUAUAUUUGGGACCCGCCUUCUCCCCACAUUCAACAGACUUUUGCUCUACUUCUCAUUAUCGACGCUUUUAAUAAGCGUCGUUAUUAUCCUGGGAUGUGCGGCCCCCAACUUCCAGUCCACAACAUGGGUAUUUGCGGAUCUGAAGAGCUCCAACCAGUCAUAUGUCAGGGGAUUCCUUCUCAUUUUGUGCUUGCUGAACAAUACCUAUGGUUUUAUGGGCACCGAUGCAGGUGCCCAUCUCGCAGAGGAGAUUCCUUCACCAGCAACCAAUGCACCCAAGGUGAUAGUAUACCCGAUUAUAAUUGGACUAGUAACAGCAUGGCCAUUCGCGGUGGCAUGCAUGUAUGUCAUUGUUGACAUUGAGAAAGUCGUGAACCCGCCAAGCGGGAUCGGUUUAAUCGAGAUUUAUUACCAAGCAACCGGCAGCAAAGCCCUCACCAUUAUCCUCCUAGCGGCAUUCUCAUUUUGCUUGUUCGGAUGCGCAGUCGCGAACAUCACAGGAUCGAGCCGCCAAAUCUGGGCCGCGUCAAGAGACAACUGCUAUCCCCUGUCGACUUGGUGGUCGCGAAUUCAUCCUCAGUUCCAGAUGCCUGUUAACGCUGCCGUUCUGUCAGCUAUUUUCACUACGCUCUACGGGCUGAUCUAUGUAGGAUCAACGACGGCGUUCACAUCUAUGGUCAGCGCCAAUAUCGUUUUUAUGAUGACUUCAUAUGUCAUCCCUCAGGGUAUCCUGGCCUGGAGAGGCCGUUCCACAGUGCUUCCAGGGCGGCCCUUUGACCUUGGGAAAUGGGGCCAGCUGGUGAACGUUACGAGUUGUUUGUGGGUUGCUUUCUUGGAUGUCGUGGCCUGCUUUCCGACUACACUGCCCGUCACUGCUUCUAACAUGAAUUGGGUUAGUGUAGUCAUACUGGCCUUUGCCGCAUACACACUCAUGGCUUGGUGUCUAUGGCAGAGACAUGUGUUCAAGGGCCCCGGUGUGAAUUUGCUGGUGCAAGAGCAGUAUGCGCUUAUCCCGAGGGAUAGCAACGAUGGUGUCUCCAAAGACGUGAAGGGGGAGUAA